UCAAUACUAUCGACAAUAUCAUUGUUAUUAUUAUUAUUAUUAUCAUUAUUAUGUUGUAAUGUUUAGAGAUGGUUAAUAUGCUUAGGUAAUUCAAAUUUGGAAUUUUAAUGCUGUUUUAUUUUACAUUUGAUGCGCUUUUGUUUUUUCAGUCGCUAGGGAACGGAUUUUGGUUAGAGCCUUGAGCAUUGACAACUAUUAAACAUUAAAAGGGACAAAUAGGAGGAGUAGUUUAAACUGUUAAAUAAUAACAGGUGGAUGAAAUAAUAAGUGGAGCGGUGGAUCGAUUUGGAAAUUAGCUGAUCAUAUAGUGAAAGACAUUGGCUUUGACGUUUUUAUUAUUUAUUAUUUACAAAGAUGGAAAUUACCCUUGGGGUUGUCUGCUUGCUUGUAUUUUCCGUUCAAGCCCAAAAUUUAACUAAAAAUGUCUUAUGGGUCGUCCUUGAUUCUGAUGAAAUUGACAAAUUUGAUAAUGAGUCGUUUUCUGUUAAAGGAUUUUAUGAAAAUUGCGAAAAUUGCACCUGCGAUAAAUUUUUCAGGGACAAUGUCAAUGAUUUGCUUAAUUGGGCGGAACUUAAGAAGAUUAAUAUUGGCACGGUGUCGAAAGGAUACUUUCAGCAAGCGGGAAUUAAAAGUAACAGUAGGAUUAUCAGAGGCGAUGAACUCGAGAACGGACUUUGGGAUAUGAUUGACUUUUUUAUGAAGAAAUUUCUUUCCUUUGAUAGAGUGAACUCUGGUGAUGAUGUCAGAGGAAAGAAGGAUAUUUUUAUUAAGACUUUACGUGAUUUAGAGGCACUAAACCGAAGAUUUUUAAUGAUUGCUGUUAUGACGGAUUUAACCGAGUUGAAUAAAUUACUGGAACAAGUGAAGGACGAAACAAUAAUAAUAACCGGAGCAUGCAAAACAAAGAGCCCGUAUUUCUCAACAGAAAAUCAAAAGUUAUUCGAAAGUAUAAAGUUCAUUUACGAAAUUCCUCAUGUGGUUAGAUCAAUUUUAGAUAAUUGUACCGGACUUUGUAAUAAUACACUCUCAAGAGUUAAAAAACGCGUCAUACGCUCUAAUGACGACGAGAUUAUACAAUACGAUAAACUCGAUGAAGAACCUGAAGUGCAACCCGAAGAAGUCCCUGAAGAAGGCCCUGAAGAGGAAAAUCGUGAGCCUCGAAAUUCGUCAUCGAAUAUGACGAAAAAUUUGAUCAUAAUAAUCGAGUUUAUUUUGUCAAUAACUCUUGCGGUCAUUUAAACUUUAAAAUUGAAAUAAAAAAUUGUUCGGCUUUAAUGCUGGACUAUUACACAUUAA